CCCCGCCCCCGCUCCCGCUGCAGUCGGUAUUGUCCCACGGUUCCCGUCGUCCCUCGGUUCCCCUCGGUAGUUUCCGGCAACGAUCGAGAGUUUCUAACGUGCCCCUGUUGUCUCUCGGCUGCCGUCCUCCCAACCGCCGCCCCCCUUUUCGGUUCCCUCUUCCCUUCCCCCGUCAGGCGCCCCGGCUGGCGCCUCUGGCGCCACGGGCUGGGCAAGAUGGCGGCCUUCGGGAUCUUGAGCUACGAACACCGGCCCCUGAAGCGGCCGCGUCUGGGGCCUCCCGAUGUGUACCCUCAAGAUCCCAAACAGAAGGAGGAUGAACUGACGGCCUUGAAUGUAAAACAAGGUUUCAAUAACCAGCCUGCUGUCUCUGGGGAUGAACAUGGCAGUGCCAAGAACGUCAACUUCAAUCCUGCCAAGAUCAGUUCCAACUUCAGCAGCAUCAUUGCGGAGAAGUUACGUUGUAACACCCUUCCUGACACUGGUCGAAGGAAGCCCCAAGUGAACCAAAAGGACAACUUCUGGCUGGUGACUGCGCGAUCUCAGAGUGCCAUUAACACCUGGUUCACUGACCUGGCUGGCACUAAGCCACUCACACAGCUAGCCAAAAAGGUCCCCAUUUUCAGUAAAAAGGAAGAAGUGUUUGGGUACUUAGCCAAAUACACAGUGCCUGUGAUGCGGGCUGCCUGGCUCAUUAAGAUGACCUGUGCCUACUAUGCAGCAAUCAGUGAGACCAAGGUUAAGAAGAGACAUGUCAUUGACCCCUUCAUGGAGUGGACUCAGAUCAUCACCAAGUACUUAUGGGAACAGCUGCAGAAGAUGGCUGAAUACUACCGGCCAGGGCCCACAGGCAGUGGGGGCUGUGGAUCCACUAUAGGGCCCUUGCCCCACGAUGUAGAGGUGGCAAUCCGGCAGUGGGACUACAACGAGAAGCUGGCCAUGUUCAUGUUUCAGGAUGGAAUGCUGGACAGACAUGAGUUCCUGACUUGGGUACUUGAGUGUUUUGAGAAAAUCCGCCCAGGAGAAGAUGAGUUGCUUAAACUUCUGCUGCCCCUACUGCUUCGAUACUCGGGGGAAUUUGUUCAGUCUGCAUACCUCUCCCGCCGCCUUGCCUACUUCUGUACCCGGAGACUGGCCUUGCAACUGGACGGUGUGAGCAGUCAUUCCUCCCACGUUAUGUCUGCUCAGUCGACAAGCACACUGCCCACCACCCCUGCUCCUCAGCCCCCAACUAGCAGCACACCCUCUACACCCUUUAGUGACCUGUUGAUGUGCCCUCAGCACCGGCCCCUGGUUUUUGGCCUCAGCUGUAUCCUUCAGACCAUUCUCCUGUGUUGUCCUAGUGCCCUGGUCUGGCACUACUCGCUGACUGAUAGCCGCAUUAAGACUGGCUCACCACUUGACCACCUGCCUAUUGCCCCCUCCAACCUGCCCAUGCCAGAGGGCAACAGUGCCUUUACUCAGCAGGUCCGUGCAAAGUUGCGUGAGAUUGAGCAGCAGAUCAAGGAGCGAGGACAGGCAGUUGAGGUUCGCUGGUCUUUUGAUAAGUGCCAGGAAGCUACUGCAGGCUUCACCAUUGGACGGGUGCUCUAUACUUUGGAAGUGUUGGACAGCCAUAGUUUUGAGCGUUCUGACUUCAGCAACUCUCUUGACUCCCUUUGCAACCGAAUCUUUGGAUUGGGACCUAGCAAGGAUGGGCAUGAGAUCUCUUCUGAUGAUGAUGCCGUAGUAUCAUUACUGUGUGAGUGGGCUGUCAGCUGCAAGCGUUCUGGUCGGCAUCGUGCUAUGGUGGUCGCCAAGCUGCUGGAGAAGAGACAGGCCGAGAUUGAGGCUGAGCGUUGUGGAGAAUCAGAAGCCGCAGAUGAGAAGGGUUCCAUUGCCUCUGGCUCCCUUUCGGCUCCUAGUGCUCCCAUUUUCCAGGAUGUCCUCCUGCAGUUUCUGGAUACCCAGGCUCCCAUGCUGACAGACCCCCGAAGUGAGAGUGAGCGAGUGGAAUUCUUUAACUUGGUACUGCUUUUCUGUGAACUGAUUCGACAUGAUGUUUUCUCCCACAACAUGUAUACCUGCACCCUCAUCUCCCGAGGGGACCUUGCCUUUGGAGCCCCUGGUCCCCGGCCACCCUCUCCCUUUGACGACCCCACUGAUGACUCCGAGCGCAAGGAGGCUGAGGGCAGCAGUAGUAGCAAGCUGGAGGACCCAGGGCUCUCGGAAUCUAUGGACAUUGACCCUAGUUCCAGUGUGCUCUUCGAGGAUAUGGAGAAGCCUGAUUUCUCAUUGUUCUCCCCUACUAUGCCCUGUGAGGGGAAGGGCAGUCCAUCCCCUGAGAAACCAGAUGUUGAGAAGGAGGUGAAGCCCCCACCCAAGGAGAAGAUAGAAGGGACCCUCGGGGUUCUUUAUGACCAGCCGCGGCACGUGCAGUAUGCCACACACUUUCCCAUCCCCCAGGAGGAGUCAUGCAGCCAUGAGUGCAACCAGCGGUUGGUCGUACUGUUUGGGGUGGGAAAGCAGCGAGAUGAUGCCCGCCAUGCCAUCAAGAAAAUUACCAAGGAUAUCCUGAAGGUUCUGAACCGCAAGGGGACAGCAGAAACUGACCAGCUUGCUCCUAUUGUGCCUCUGAAUCCUGGAGACCUGACAUUCUUAGGUGGGGAGGACGGGCAGAAGCGGAGGCGCAGCCGGCCUGAAGCCUUCCCCACUGCUGAAGAUAUUUUUGCUAAGUUCCAGCACCUCUCACAUUAUGACCAACACCAGGUCACGGCUCAGGUCUCCCGGAAUGUUCUGGAGCAGAUCACAAGCUUUGCCCUUGGCAUGUCAUACCACUUGCCUCUAGUGCAGCAUGUGCAGUUCAUCUUCGACCUCAUGGAAUAUUCACUCAGCAUCAGUGGCCUCAUCGACUUUGCCAUUCAGCUGCUGAAUGAACUGAGUGUAGUCGAGGCCGAGCUGCUGCUCAAAUCCUCGGAUCUGGUGGGCAGCUACACUACCAGCCUGUGCCUGUGCAUCGUGGCUGUCCUGCGGCAUUAUCAUGCCUGCCUUAUCCUCAACCAGGACCAGAUGGCACAAGUCUUUGAAGGGCUGUGUGGCGUAGUGAAGCAUGGGAUGAACCGGUCAGACGGGUCCUCUGCAGAACGCUGUAUCCUUGCUUAUCUCUAUGAUCUGUACACCUCCUGUAGCCAUUUAAAGAGCAAAUUUGGGGAACUCUUUAGCGACUUCUGCUCCAAGGUGAAGAACACCAUCUACUGCAACGUGGAGCCAUCAGAAUCCAACAUGCGCUGGGCGCCUGAGUUCAUGAUCGACACUCUGGAGAACCCUGCAGCUCACACCUUCACAUACACAGGGCUAGGCAAGAGUCUUAGUGAGAACCCUGCUAACCGCUACAGCUUUGUCUGCAAUGCCCUUAUGCACGUCUGUGUGGGGCACCAUGAUCCCGAUAGGGUGAAUGACAUCGCAAUCCUGUGUGCAGAGCUGACCGGCUACUGCAAGUCACUGAGUGCCGAAUGGCUAGGAGUUCUUAAGGCCCUGUGCUGCUCCUCUAAUAAUGGCACUUGUGGUUUCAACGACCUUCUCUGCAAUGUAGAUGUCAGUGACCUGUCUUUUCAUGACUCCCUGGCUACCUUUGUCGCCAUCCUCAUUGCUCGGCAGUGUUUGCUCCUAGAGGAUCUGAUUCGCUGCGCCGCCAUCCCUUCGCUCCUUAAUGCUGCUUGCAGUGAACAGGACUCUGAGCCAGGGGCCCGGCUUACCUGCCGCAUCCUCCUCCACCUUUUCAAGACACCUCAACUCAAUCCUUGCCAGUCAGAUGGGAACAAGCCUACUGUAGGAAUCCGGUCCUCCUGUGACCGCCACCUGCUGGCUGCCUCCCAGAACCGCAUAGUGGAUGGAGCUGUGUUUGCUGUUCUCAAGGCUGUGUUUGUACUUGGGGAUGCGGAACUGAAGGGCUCAGGCUUCACUGUGACAGGAGGAACAGAAGAACUUCCAGAGGAGGAGGGAGGAGGGGGCAGUGGCGGUCGGAGGCAGAGUGGCCGCAACAUCUCUGUGGAGACAGCCAGUCUGGAUGUCUAUGCCAAGUACGUGCUACGCAGCAUCUGCCAACAGGAAUGGGUAGGAGAACGUUGCCUUAAAUCACUGUGUGAGGACAGCAAUGACCUACAAGACCCAGUGCUGAGUAGUGCCCAGGCUCAGCGCCUCAUGCAGCUCAUCUGCUACCCGCAUCGAUUGCUGGACAAUGAGGAUGGGGAAAACCCCCAGCGGCAACGCAUUAAGCGUAUUCUCCAGAACUUGGACCAGUGGACCAUGCGCCAGUCUUCCUUGGAACUGCAGCUCAUGAUCAAGCAGACCCCUAACAAUGAGAUGAACUCCCUCUUAGAGAACAUCGCCAAGGCCACAAUCGAGGUUUUCCAACAGUCCGCAGAGACAGGGUCGUCUUCUGGAAACACUGCGAGCAACAUGCCCAGCAGCAGCAAGACCAAGCCUGUGCUCAGCUCCCUCGAGCGCUCUGGUGUAUGGCUGGUGGCCCCCCUCAUUGCCAAACUGCCCACCUCAGUCCAGGGCCAUGUGUUAAAGGCUGCUGGGGAGGAAUUGGAGAAGGGCCAGCACCUGGGUUCCUCUUCCCGCAAAGAACGUGAUCGCCAAAAGCAGAAGAGCAUGUCCCUGUUGAGUCAGCAACCCUUCUUAUCCCUGGUGCUAACAUGUCUGAAAGGACAAGAUGAGCAGCGUGAGGGACUCCUCACCUCCCUCUACAGCCAGGUGCACCAGAUUGUGAAUAAUUGGCGAGAUGACCAGUACUUAGACGACUGCAAACCAAAGCAGCUAAUGCAUGAGGCGCUCAAGCUGCGGCUUAACCUGGUAGGGGGCAUGUUUGACACGGUGCAGCGCAGCACCCAGCAGACCACGGAGUGGGCUGUGCUGCUCCUGGAGAUCAUCAUCAGCGGCACUGUGGACAUGCAGUCCAACAACGAACUCUUCACCACUGUGUUGGAUAUGCUGAGCGUGCUCAUCAACGGGACCCUGGCUGCAGACAUGUCUAGCAUCUCUCAAGGCAGCAUGGAGGAAAACAAACGUGCCUACAUGAACCUGGUGAAGAAGCUGCGAAAAGAGUUGGGGGAGCGCCAGUCAGACAGUCUGGAAAAAGUUCGCCAGCUGCUGCCACUGCCCAAGCAGACCCGAGAUGUCAUCACAUGUGAGCCACAGGGCUCCCUUAUUGACACCAAGGGCAACAAGAUUGCUGGCUUUGAUUCUAUCUUCAAGAAGGAGGGUCUACAGGUUUCCACCAAACAAAAGAUCUCUCCCUGGGAUCUUUUUGAAGGCUUGAAGCCAUCAGCGCCACUCUCUUGGGGCUGGUUUGGAACAGUCCGAGUCGAUCGGCGAGUGGCCCGAGGAGAGGAACAGCAGCGGUUGCUGCUCUACCACACGCACCUGAGGCCCCGGCCCCGUGCCUAUUACCUGGAGCCACUGCCACUGCCACCAGAAGAUGAGGACCCCCCUGCCCCCACCCUGCUGGAACCUGAGAAGAAGGCUCCAGAGCCCCCCAAAAAUGACAAACCAGGGGCUGCUCCACCUAGUACCGAGGAACGCAAGAAGAAGUCCACCAAGGGCAAGAAACGCAGCCAGCCAGCUACCAAGACAGAGGACUAUGGAAUGGGCCCAGGGAGGAGCGGCCCAUAUGGUGUGACAGUGCCUCCAGACCUCCUACACCACACAAACCCUGGAUCUAUAUCCCACCUAAGCUACAGGCAGGGCUCCAUAGGCCUAUACACCCAGAACCAGCCGCUCCCGGCAGGUGGCCCUCGUGUGGACCCGUACCGCCCUGUGCGAUUACCAAUGCAGAAGCUGUCAACCCGACCACCUUACCCGGGAGUGAUGCCCACGGCCAUGACUGGAGUCAUGGGAUUAGAACCCUCCUCCUACAAGACGUCUGUCUACCGACAGCAGCAGCCCACAGUGCCCCAAGGACAGCGCCUUCGCCAACAGCUCCAGCAGAGUCAGGGAAUGUUGGGACAGUCAUCUGUCCAUCAGAUGACUCCCAGCUCUUCCUACGGUUUGCAGACCUCCCAGGGGUAUACUCCCUAUGUUUCUCAUGUGGGAUUACAGCAACACACAGGCCCCGCAGGUACCAUGGUGCCCCCCAGCUACUCCAGCCAACCUUAUCAGAGCACCCACCCUUCUACCAAUCCUACUCUUGUAGAUCCUACUCGCCACCUGCAACAGCGGCCCAGUGGCUAUGUGCACCAGCAGGCCCCGACCUAUGGACAUGGGCUGACCUCCACUCAAAGGUUUUCACACCAGACCCUGCAGCAAACACCCAUGAUAGGUACCAUGACACCGCUGGGAGCUCAGGGUGUCCAGGCCGGUGUCCGAUCAGCUUCCAUCCUGCCUGAGCCGCAGCAGCAACAGCAGCAGCAGCAGCAGCAACAGCAACAGCAGCAGCAGCAACAGCAACAGCAGUACCACAUCCGGCAGCAGCAGCAGCAGCAGAUCCUGCGGCAGCAACAGCAGCAACAGCAGCAACAGCAGCAGCAACAGCAACAGCAGCAACAGCAGCAACAGCAGCAACAGCAGGCGCACCAGCAGCAGCAGCAGCAGCAGGCGGCCCCUCCCCAACCCCAGCCCCAGUCACAGCCCCAGUUCCAGCGCCAGGGGCUUCAGCAGACGCAGCAACAGCAACAGACAGCAGCUUUGGUCAGGCAACUCCAACAACAGCUCUCCAAUACCCAGCCACAGCCCAAUACCAACAUAUUUGGACGUUACUGAGCCACUUGGAAGAACGGCUUGUGCACUGGAUGUGGCCCCACCCUUUCCUCUCAGUUUUCAAUCCCCUUCUUGGGCUAGUACCAGUAGUGGUUGGGGCUCUUCCCUCAGGCUCCAUUUUUAAUAAGUUUUUAGUAUUUUUGUUAAUGUGAGGCAUUGAGCUGUUGGGUUUUGUAUAUUAUUUAUAUAGACACCCCAGAGCUGUUGCACCCAAUACACAGAGCUUCUUUGCAAAGGGAGUGUGUGAGUUCUGCAUGUCCGGUAAGGGUGGGCUCUUGGGAGAGUGUUGGGGGCUGGACCAAGCAGUCAGAGCCUCUGUUCCUUUCAGUUCAAAUCAAGUCCCCUGUUUACCUUCUAUCCCCUAAGUUCCUUGAUUCUAAUUGGAUUGCUACUGUCUCCUCCCUUCUCUAGCCUGGCAACAUAUUAUGUGGGUUUGGGCCCUUAGGUUUUUCCUUUUUCUUUUUUUUUAAUGUUUAUUUAUUUUUGAGAGAGAGAGCAAGCAGGGGAGGGGCAGAAAGAAGGGGAGACAGAGGCUCUGAAGCAGGACUGAACCACCCAGGUGGCCCUUAGUUUCUUAAGAAGGGCAAUUUACCUUCUGAGAGGUGUUGUGGGUUCUCUAUAGCUUCUCUCCAUGAGGGAUAUACCACUGGGAUGGGGGAGUGGCUAUUACAAGAAGAAGAACCCGAUUCUUCUUCCAUUCUUCUUCCAUCCUACAUGCUGGGUUUUGAACAAGCUUCAGGGUGGAGGGUGUGAUAGAUACUGCCUACCUUGUUGCCACCUUGUGCACUCCCUGUUGUGUACCAAGCAGUAUCCUAGACAGAGUGCUUUUCUGAGAAUCAUAUUUCUGAGAUGAAGGCUUGCCCUCUGUUGGCAGGUGUCACUGUGGAAUUGGUGGUGGAAGGCCGGUGUGGUUCUAGGAGGAAGAGAGACCCAGUAAAAGGGAGGACCCUUUCCUCUCUCUGCUCUGUUGCUGGGACUGCUUGUUUUUACAUGACCCACCUUGGCAGUUACCCAGGGUGACUAUUGCUUACUCCCAUUUUACUGUAGAGAAAACCUAAAACUUGCUCCAGAGUCACAUUUGGAACUGUGGCAGGGUCAUUCUCAACCCCUCUGCCUUCAGGUUUGGGGCCUUAGAUCUAAGGCUAUUCAGGAGAGCCAAAUGGUUUACUACAAAGGAGUCUUCUGAUGUGCCCAGCUGGGGCUGGAAGAGGACCAGCCUCGGCCUCGUGGGUGGGUGGAACCAGAUGAUUUGACAACUUCAGGGUAACAUCCAAGCCGUAGUUGCACUGGGUCACUGGGAAGUGUCAAGUGUGCUGGUAAAACCAGGAGCACCAAUCAAUACCCAAGCUCUAAAAAAUAAAAAUAAAUAAAAUAAAA